AUGGGCAAACCUCCUUCACCGUCACCCCGUCCUUACCAGGAUGAUCCGGACGCGUUGUCUCUGCACACAACAGUCGGCGAGUCGUCCUACGUCGAUCCCGCCGAUGAAGAUAUCCCUGACACCGGGGACCCGCUUCUUCCCUCGUACGACGACGCGAUAACUGAGGAUAAUCACACCAAUAACGCACCUCCUCACUUCACUGAAGCUACAGUCUUGAACUUUGAGGGUGAAUUUUUCACAGGCGUCACGAACCCCGCGAACCAUUGGGAGUCUUUCUCCAAGCGCGUCGACGUUCAAGAUGCGCGAUCCGAUGCCGAUCCAGAGUUUUUGGAAGAGUGGGUAAACAUGAUGGCGAGGUAUCCGCCUACGCCGUAUAUUGAUAUCAGGGGAACUCAUCAAGAGAUGAAACGCGAUAAUAAUGGUAAAGACAAACGCGAGACAGUGACGGAUUUCAGAAUCAUGGUCAACAUGCAGAAUUAUCUUUGGCCCAAUUUCGUUCCUGGCAAUUUCACUACCACCAAGCUUGAGACUGCCGAGCCUGGACAGAAAACUUACCGUGGAACUGUACUCAAGAAGAGAGAGAAGGGGAGCAAAGGUGGUAUCGAGGUCGGCCACAAUAAGCCCACCUUGAAGGAAUGGUGCCAUCGCUAUUGCGCCAAAGCUCAUGGAACCAAAAUAUUCCGUCUCACUCGUGCUGUCAGUGGUAUGGACAAGGAAACGAUCAAAGGCAGCAUUUUCAGUCUUAUCAGAUCCACCAACUACCGAGGCAACAUCAGUGUCGAGUUUCCCGUCGCUGACAGUGCGGUCGAUAUCUACUCGACCAGCAAUUUCAACAAGUGGCGCCUGACAAAUUGGAUCUGCUGGAUCUUCUAUCUCACCUUCCUGUGGAUAUUUGCAUGGCCCGUUCUGUUCUUCGCGACAAAGCGCUACGAAGUCGUCAAAGUCACCUGGCCAUUUGCAAAAUGUCAGCCCGAUGGCCAGAGGAGUUUGACUACUGUCAGUGAGAGACAGUGGUUGGAUAUGUAUGGACCUGCGAUAAAACAGUUGUGUUUGGAUCGUUACAAAGGACUUGCAGGGGAUACUCUCCUGAACGAAGUGUUGGCUCGGGAACCGAAUCAGGUUAAUGCUCGCGUUGAUCCUAGGGCUGCUAUGAGUGCUGCUUCUGCCGCAUUCCAGGGAGGCAGUUUUACUGCUGCCAAUGGUGCGAGGAGUUUGAUGCAAUUUGCCGCUGUUGCAACCGACCAAGUUGGAUGGGGAUUUAACACUUGA